AUGGGAGAGAGAUAUAAUAUUCACAGCCAACUUGAACAUCUUCAAAGCAAAUAUAUUGGAACGGGGCACGCCGACACCACAAAAUAUGAGUGGUUAACUAAUCAACACAGAGAUUCUUGUUGCAGUUACAUGGGACAUCCAGAUUUGUUAAGUUAUUUUGCAAUUGUCGAAAACGAGUCAAAAGCGAGGGUGAAAUUUAAUUUAAUGGAGAGAAUGUUACAACCAUGUGGGCCUCCACCAGAAAAACCAGAAGACUAA